UCAACCACCAAACCGCAGCAAAGACUCACAGCCAGCUCUUACAACUUGUCGAGCAUCACGAAGAAGUCAACAGCAAACAGUAAGAAUUGCCAUCACUCUUAUGCUGCACUGUUCAAACGUAUUCAUUUAUUCUCUUUGCUGCCUUAUAUGACUCUUUUCCUAGGUAAACACAUUGUUGCCUGAGGCGGAGAGAACAUAAAAUUGGUCUCGUCCCCAGACGGUCUUCAAGUAUGUUUGUAGCCUGACUGCAACUUCUGUUCAGCUGCAAAAGCUCAAAAUAUGAGUAUGAAUUCGUCCCAAGAGAGUCGAGCAACUUUGCUUGGAAUUCCACAAGAGCUGCGCGACAAGAUAAUAACUCUCCUUGUCCCACGUGUGGAGAUGCCACCUCAGCUUGAAGGUGAUCCGGAAAGCCGCGAGUACCUCGAUGAUACACCAUCUACAAGAAGAGACAGGGUGAAGUACCUGAAGGCAACUUCUUUGCCUGAUGGAAUCCCAACUCUCAAGGUCAACAAACUAUUAAGAGCUCAGACUCUUACAGUCAUGCGACAUCUCAAACUUCCGGGAGCUCGCAGUUACCGUCUGGAUGUGAUGAUGAUCGAUGGAGAAGAGCUCUGGCCAACAUGGCUAUACGUGCCGUGUCUAACUACUCGAGUGGAUGAACUACUAGUAACUUUACGAGACCUUGGACCAUUCAGCCGUAAAUAUGGUCGUGGCUUCCAGAACGGCGACGGUGGUCCUCCCUGGAUGGCAUGGUGUUUUCAAAGUCUUCUGAUAAGGUUCUUGGAAGCUGGACCAUUGGGCACACAAGAGAACAGAGUAGACAGGAGUGUAAGCGUUCAAGUUGUCACGCUUGACAUCAGAACGCCAGACCUACAACCUGAGAUGAUCGCAUCCAUUAUGGACAGUUACCCAGCCAUAUUACGGAAAAGAAGCAGAGAGACGGGGCUCAAGAUGGUGAUGAAUCCGAUGUUUAUCUUAGCCUUUGUGCGGCGUUGGAUACAAUUCAUAUCUGGGACACGAUGGUAUGGAGGAGAGAUGAUUCACACACGAGUAGGGAUCAUGAGAUUGAUGCUUGAUGGAGUACUUGUCGAGGAGUACGAUACUGCGGAGUGGUUAGUCUGAAUCUCUCUCCAUUUCACUGCAUGGUUAGUUCGUCUAGAACUAUGGUUUAGGACUACCUAAGCAUGUACGAAUUUAUCAUUAUUCUCAG